AUGGAUCUCCUCUGCCUGAUGGUUGGUCUUCAUCUUGUCUCUGUGUGCACAGACCCGGGCCACUGGGCGGCCCAGUUUCCUCGCUGUGGAGGACUACGCCAAUCUCCCAUCAACAUCGUGAGCAGCAAAGUGCACGUGAACACGGCCCUGCCCCCCCUGGAGUUCAUAGGUCACACAGACCGGAUCAACAUCACGGUUGAAAACAAAGGACACUCUGCUCACUUUCACCUUCCUCAGUCGGUCAGGCUAACUGGGGGAGCUCUGCCGGGUCACUACAGAGCCGCUCAGUUUCACUUUCACUGGGGGGCCAGCGGGACACCUGGAUCAGAGCACACCAUCGAUGGAGAGAGGUUCCCUAUGGAGCUUCACAUCGUACACAUCAAGGAGCCCUACGGAUCUCUGACAGAGGCGGAACACGACAUGUCAGGAAUUGCCCUGUUGGCCUUCCUCUUUGAGGAAACGAGCGAGGAUCAUCCUCACCUGGACACCGUCAUAGCAGCUUUGGGCCAAGUGCAGCACAAUGGCACCACAGCGGUGAUAGCAAACUUUCAGCUCAGCGACAUCAUUCCCUCCUCCAAGGACCUGCACGCCUACUACCGUUACGUGGGUUCCAUGACCACGCCAGGAUGCGAGCAAGCCGUUGCCUGGACCGUCUUCCAUAAGAGGCUGGCAGUCAGCAGUCGGCAGCUGGAUGCUAUCGUCCAGCAGUGUCGCUUCUGGACAGGACAGCCCAUGAUGGACAUCUUCAGGCCCACUCAGCCCCUCGAUGGACGGGUUGUGUACCGCUCCAACUUGGCUGCGACUCUGAAGUUAACCUGCUUGUGGUUUGAUGCUUUCUCUCUGGUGCUCACAACAUUGGUUCUGAUCGAGUAAUAAGCACACGCCCUCAUACACACAGCACACUGAUCCUUAUUUUUUCCACUGAUCCUUUUAAUAUACAUAUUUUAUUACAUAAAAUUAGAGAAAUGUUGACUGAUUAGCACUUCGAUUUGCCUUAGUGCAGCUUAAUGUGUAAUUAUAAAGUAAAUAAACUGUGAUUGCAAUAUUAAUAAUAAAUGUACAUUUUCCUGCUUCAAUCAUGAUUUAGGUCCAGUCAGUAAACCUGAUUCAGAGUUAAAAGUUGUGAAAGUUUUCACAAGUGCUUUUUCUGUUGCGCCAGCCACGUGCGCAUG